AUGUCUUGUAAAGAUGGUAAAGGUGUUAUGGAUAAUGGAAAAUACGUUCGUUAUACACCUGAACAAGUUGAAGCUCUUGAGAGGCUUUAUCAUGAUUGUCCUAAGCCAAGCAGUAUUCGUCGUCAACAGCUUAUUCGAGAGUGUCCUAUUCUCUCUCAUAUUGAACCUAAACAGAUCAAAGUUUGGUUCCAAAAUAGAAGAUGUAGGGAGAAGCAGAGAAAAGAGGCUUCAAGGUUGCAAGCUGUGAAUAGGAAGUUGAGUGCUAUGAAUAAGCUGCUGAUGGAAGAGAAUGAUAGGUUGCAGAAACAAGUAUCUCAUUUGGUGUAUGAAAAUGGCUACUUUCGCCAACAUACUCAAAAUACUAAUCUGGCAACCAAAGAUACAAGCUGUGAUUCGGCGGUGACUAGUGGUCAACGCAGUUUGACAGCCCAGCAUCCGCCAAGGGAUGCAAGUCCUGCAGGGCUUUUGUCCAUUGCAGAGGAAACUUUAGCAGAGUUUCUUUCAAAGGCUACUGGAACUGCUGUUGAGUGGGUCCAAAUGCCUGGAAUGAAGCCUGGUCCGGAAUCUAUUGGAAUCAUUGCGAUUUCUCAUGGUUGCCAUGGUGUGGCGGCAAGAGCAUGUGGCCUAGUGGGGCUAGAACCUACAAGGGUUGCAGAAAUCCUCAAAGAUCGGCCCUCGUGGUAUCGUGAUUGCCGAGCUGUGGAUAUUCUGAACGUGCUUCCCACAGCCAAUGGUGGAACCAUAGAGCUGCUUUACAUGCAGCUAUAUGCGCCAACUACAUUGGCUCCUGCUCGAGACUUAUGGUUGUUGCGCUACACAUCUGUUUUAGAAGAUGGAAGCCUAGUGAUAUGUGAGAGGUCUCUUAAAAACACACAAAAUGGUCCAAGCAUGCCUCCUGUGCAGCAUUUUGUCAGAGCUGAGAUGCUGCCCAGUGGGUACCUGAUAAGGCCUUGUGAAGGAGGUGGUUCCAUCAUCCACAUUGUUGAUCAUAUGGAUUUGGAGCCAUGGAGUGUUCCCGAGGUACUGCGUCCACUCUAUGAAUCAUCAACAAUGCUGGCUCAGAAGACAACAAUGGUGGCCCUACGUCACCUAAGGCAGAUUUCACAUGAAGUUUCUCAGUCUAACGUCACUGGAUGGGGUAGACGACCAGCAGCACUUCGAGCACUUGGCCAAAGACUGAGCCGGGGUUUCAAUGAGGCACUCAAUGGGUUUACUGAUGAGGGAUGGUCAAUGAUUGGCAAUGAUGGUGUUGACGAUGUUACUAUUCUAGUGAAUUCAUCCCCUGACAAAUUAAUGGGUCUGAAUCUUUCAUUUGCCAAUGGAUUUCCAUCUGUCAGUAAUGCAGUCUUAUGUGCUAAAGCUUCAAUGCUGUUACAAAAUGUGCCUCCGGCCAUUCUACUAAGGUUUUUACGGGAGCAUAGAUCGGAGUGGGCAGACAACAACAUGGAUGCUUACUCAGCUGCUGCCAUCAAAGCUGGUCCUUGUAGUUUCUCAGGAUCUCGGGUUGGAAAUUAUGGGGGCCAAGUAAUUCUUCCUCUAGCCCACACUAUUGAGCACGAGGAGUUUCUGGAAGUCAUUAAAUUGGAAGGAAUUGCCCAUUCUCCCGAAGACGCGAUAAUGCCUAGAGAAGUGUUUCUUUUGCAACUCUGCAGUGGAAUGGAUGAGAAUGCUGUUGGUACCUGUGCUGAACUUAUAUUUGCUCCAAUUGAUGCAUCCUUUGCUGAUGAUGCCCCCCUUCUGCCUUCUGGAUUUCGUAUAAUUCCUCUUGAUUCUGGAAAGGAAGUGGCCAACAACCCAAAUCGCACCCUUGACCUGACAUCUGCCCUUGAUAUUGGUCCCGCUGGAAACAAAGCUUCUAAUGAUUAUUCUGGAAAUUCUGGCUGUAUGAGAUCAGUGAUGACAAUAGCAUUUGAAUUUGCUUUUGAAAGUCAUAUGCAAGACCAUGUAGCAUCUAUGGCACGGCAGUAUGUUCGCAGCAUUAUAUCGUCUGUCCAAAGGGUAGCAUUGGCACUUUCACCUUCUAAUUUGAAUUCACAAGGUGGGCUCAGGACACCACUGGGUACUCCUGAAGCUCAAACACUUGCUCGUUGGAUCAGCAACAGUUAUAGGUGCUUCUUGGGUGCUGAGCUACUUAAAUCUAAUAAUGAGGGGAGCGAAUCAUUACUCAAGUCCUUGUGGCAUCACACUGAUGCAAUACUCUGCUGCACUCUAAAGGCAUUGCCCGUGUUCACUUUUGCCAACCAGGCAGGGCUUGACAUGCUGGAGACUACCUUAGUUGCUCUGCAGGAUAUAGCAUUGGAGAAAAUAUUUGAUGACCAUGGCCGAAAGAUUCUGUGCUCGGAAUUUCCUCUAAUUAUACAACAGGGUUUUGCAUGCCUUCAAGGUGGUCUUUGUCUCUCAAGCAUGGGGAGACCUAUUUCAUAUGAAAGAGUAGUGGCUUGGAAGGUGCUGAAUGAAGAAGAGAAUGCUCAUUGUAUUUGCUUUAUGUUUGUGAACUGGUCUUUUGUUUGACAUUGUUUUUAGACAAUAGGACUCCAAGUGGUGUUAAAGAGGAAGCACUCUUAUUAAGACAUGUUCUUUUGCUUGCUAUUUUGCUAUAUUCGCUGCAAAAACUUGGAUUGCAUGUAAAAACUACUUAUAUAUUAGCCUAUGUUACAUUUCCCUUAUAAUUU